AUGGCCAGCAUUACCUCUUCUAUCGAAAACCUCUUCCAUAGCCUCUGGCAGAUCGUCUCCGGUCUCGCUGGUAGCUUUGCUGCAGUGGGCACAUCGCUCAUUGCACUUGUGCAGCAUCUCUUCCAAGCCGUCUUUGGUAUCCUUGCUGCCAUCAUCACCGCCAUCACCGACCUGAUGAGUGGUCUUGUUGGGUUUGUACUCGGCAAUGUCUUCAUCAUUCUCGCCCUUGGAGCCGCGUAUUGGUUCUGGGCCACGCAAACGACGUCUGGUCAGCGAAGGACGGCGGGUGGACGCAAGAAUCCACUAAAGUAG